AUGACGAUCUACGAGUUGCGAGAGUACACUGUGGUACCAGGUCAGCACCAGACCUGGCACAAAGCAAUGAUCAACCUGUAUCUAGUAGCUGACAACCAGCAAGGUCGCAUGCCCAACCUGCUCGCCCGCUUCGAGAACCACACCAUCAAAAUCUGGGAAAAGCAUGGUAUCCAGCAAGUGGGCUUCUGGAACACCCUCGUCGGCCCAGACACCAACAUCCUAACAUACAUGCUCAAAUGGGAGUCUCUGGCGGACCGAGAGCAGAAAUGGAACGCGUUUUUCAGUGAUCCGGAGUGGAUCGAGGCGAGAGCGAAUAGUGAGAAGGAUGGGCCGAUUAAUGCAAAGGUGUCGAAUACGUUUUUGACGCCGACCAAGUUCUCGGCGUUGCAGUAA